AUGUCAUAUCCGCAGUUUGGCUACCCUUACUCCUCCGCACCCCAGUUCCUGAUGAGCACCAACUCCCUGACGACCUGCUGCGAGUCCAGCGGCCGGACGCUGGCCGAGACAGGGGCGGCCGCCUCCGCCCAGACCCCCGUCUAUUGCCCGGUGUACGAGAGCCGCCUGCUCGCCACCGCCCGACACGAGCUCAACUCCGCCGCCGCCCUGGGGGUCUACGGCGGCCCCUACGCCGGUCCCCAGGGCUAUGGAAACUACGUGACCUACGGCACCGAGGCUCCCGCCUUCUACUCCUUGAACAGUUUGGAGGCGAAGGAUGGGAGUGGAUCUGCGCAUGCGGGCAUCGCCCCGGCGGCUGCCUACUACCCCUAUGAUCACACCCUCAGCCAGUACCAGUACGACAGGUACGGCACGAUGGACGGCGGGACGCGGAGGAAAAACGCCACCCGGGAGACGACCAGCACACUGAAGGCCUGGCUGCAGGAGCACCGCAAGAACCCCUACCCCACCAAAGGUGAGAAGAUCAUGCUGGCCAUCAUCACCAAGAUGACCCUCACCCAGGUCUCCACCUGGUUCGCCAACGCCCGCCGGAGGCUCAAGAAGGAGAACAAGAUGACCUGGCCCCCGCGGAACAAGUGCUCGGACGAGAAACGGCCCUACGAGGAAGAGGAGGAGGAGGAAGAGGAGGCUUCGCAGGAAGAGACGAUGAAGAGCGGGAAAGCCGAGGAGCCCACGGGCAAGGAGGAGAAGGAGCUGGAGCUCAGCGACCUGGAGGAUUUGGACGCCGCCGAGUCGGAGAACUCGGAGUGCGAGCUGAGGCGGCCUUUCCCGCAUCCUCUCCCGCACCCGCUGCCGCACCCGGGCGGCAGCCACCCGCCGCGGGCCGCCGAGCCCCCCGCCAAGAUGCCGCCGUCGGCCGCCGCCAGGGAGGAAGAGGAAGAGGCGGAGGCGGCGGAGCGGGCGCGGAGCUGCCUGAAGCCGGCGGCGGAGGAGUGCGGUCCCGACCUGCUCGGCGCCCGGCCGCGCGGCUGCGAGUCCAAAAUGUGCUUCCAGCCGGGGCAGCAGCUGCUGGAGGCGAAGCCCAGGAUUUGGUCCUUGGCGCACACCGCCACCUCCCUCAACCAGGCCGAGUACCCCUCCUGCAUGCUGAAGCGGCAGGGGGCCUCGGCCGCCGCUGCCGUCUCCGCCCCGGUCGGUGUCAUCGACAGGCACCAGGAUUCACCGGUCACCAACCUCAGGAACUGGGUGGACGGGGUGUUUCACGACCCCCUCUUCAGGCACAGUACUUUGAACCAAGCCCUGAGCAACACGACAGUUUCCUGGGCUACCACUAAAGGAGCCAUUCUGGAAACGGGCGCCUUGGGACGCACGGUGGGGAACGGCGCCAACGUGCUCAAGGGGCAGCUCUCAAACUUGUCCCACCAUGACUCAAACAAAGAGUUUCUGGCGUUUCCCAAAUCAGGAAGCAAAAUGUUCUGUUCCUAA